AUGCCAUUAUCAAAUAUGCCAAAACCCUCCACUAAGGGACCUAAGAGAAAAGCAUCCAAGCCACGCAAAAGGCCCCUUCCCAACGAUACUGACGUAAAUGGUAACCUUGUUGGAAGUAAAACUUCUAUUGCAUCACGCAAACGUCGUUGCCCUCGGGUCACAUUGGCAUCUCUCCAAAUCGACGACGAAGAUGAUGAUCUGAGCAGAGUCACUACCAGCUUCGGCAUUGAUUCCCACUCGCAUAAUACAUGGGGAAUCCCCAGUUCUACAACCAUUGUAGCCCCAAAGCGGAAGCAAAAAACAUAUACUUUCAAGCAACAAUCAGGAGUCAGUCGUAAUAAUGCAGCACGUGGUGCAGGUCUUUUCAACCGUUUUCCGGGACUUCGCAAUCUUGAAACCACGCCCGAGCCAGUAGAAAUGAAUUGUCCAAGUCGCUCUCCAUUCCUCUGCUACCCUUUGGAAAUCCGUGAGCAUAUAUAUGGAUAUUUUCUUCGAUCCCGAAACUCGAUCCUCAUGAAUUAUGAUUGGGAAGCUGUCGAGCGCUGCCCUGGCUUUGUUGUCAAAAAAGUAUUGUUUAUUUGUAAGCAAAUCAGUGCCGAAGCUCUCUCGUUUCUAUACAAAAACAACACUUUCCACGCGCUCCUUCGAGAAAACAAAUCGGGGCUCCCUGCUUGGAGCAUUUCGAGAAUUCCAACUGUCUAUUUGAAUUUGGUAAGAAACGUGAUCUUUGAGUGUCCGAAAGACAAUUGGAAUCUGGACUGGUAUCACAAGGCGGCGAAAAGCAUCAACACUUUGGCAAUAGCCAAGCCAGUACUAGAGACAUUUACUAUCGUGUUGACACCGAAGCAGGUUGGAUUUAGCUCGACAGCUCUGGGAUUUGAAGAUAAUCCUAUCACUUUUCCGGAUUUUCUGUGGGAAGGUGGAGAAAUUAUGAGUGCUAUUAUGAAGCUGGCCUGCAGGAAGCUGAGGGUUGUGAUGAAAAAAGAUGGUGGGAGGAGAAUUAUUCUAGAGGUAGAUGUUUUUGGAAGCAUUUUUGCAACAUCGGAUGAUCAGGAGGAUUGGUUCAAAGAAGAUAGGGCGCAGCAACUAGCAAGGGUUGCUUUGAAAGCUAAGGUGAGAAGCGAACUGGUUGUGAUAAAACACAAAGUUGAGGAGAUAUUGCACAAUGAGGAAAAAGCUAUCGGGAUGGGGUGGUGCAGGGUGAUGGAUUCGGAUGAAAGGUUGGUCAAUAAUCACCGUCGGUAA